UCGAGGUGACAAACGCCAAUACUCGGGCGAGCGGGGCUAUAAGGAGCGGCGACCGAGGGGCUAUAAUGAGAGGCGGCCAUUGGUAUGCUACAAUUACGAUGAGGAGGGGCACUACGCUAAUCAAUGCCCUCAUCCACGUAGGCUGGGGGAGAUCUACAUCACCACGACAUCCUCCGGCUCUGGCAACGUCCUUCGAUCCUAUUCACUCCAAGGUUGCUGAGAUCGGGAAGAGUGUGGUUGUUUGUCAAUAUGUUGAAAAGGAGCAACAGAAGAAAGCGGCAAAGGAGCGGAAGAAACAAGAGAGAAAGGAGGCGGAAGAAGGUGAGGUGAACGAGCUUCGAGAGAUGGAACUGAGGAAGAGAAGGAAGGAGGAAAAAGCACGAAAGGAAGCUGAGCGUAAUGAGGAAAUAAACGAAAACUUGGAUCUCAAAGUUGCAGUGAGGGUUGGGGAAUUACGUAAUGAUGUGCGGGAAGAUGUACAAUUGGAGAUUAGGGAGGCAAUCAACGAGUUGUGCAAGGCAGCAGCGAAGGGCAAGCAGAAGGUUGCUCAUCCGACAUCAUCAGGUACUGGCAGCAGCGGAAGCAGCAGCGAAACGGAAGAAUUUAGCAAGCGGACGAAGAAUCUGUCUAUCAAUGAGAAGAGGAAGCGUGGGGAGGAACCAGUCUUUGAAGACAGUCCCCCUAUGGAAUCACCACCGAAACGAACUCCUCGGAGGGCGGGAAAGCCAGCGAACCUGACUACACGGAUGACGAGAUCCAAGGCGCGCAAGGAUAACGCGACAACACCAAGAAAGACUCCAGCAUCGAUUCGUUUUCCAUACAAUGGAAAGUUCGAGGCGAUUUUUGACAUCGCCGCGCACCGCACGAAGAAAGCUUAUGGAACAUAUGAGGAUGAAGACCCUGAGACCACGGACGAUGUUCCGAAGGAGAACGUCGUGGAAGGAGAUGGUUUUAGGAGAUGGCGUAAUCUUUGUGGAAAUGUUCCACAGAUCUUGGAGCAAGAUUUGUCUGAUGUUAUGGUCGGUAGCAGUGGGAGUCAAUAUGGGGAGCUCACAAUGGAUUUGGUACUCCGCACUAAGGAGAUGUAUGACGGCCUUGUGCUUACGCCUUUAGAUCGCAACCCAGGCAAGACUGUGGUUAUGUGCCCUACGACGUACUAUGAAGCAAUGAUGCAUACAUUCGUGUUGAAUUCGGGUUACAGAGUCAUUCAGCAGCCAGAGUGUGAAGUCCUGAGGGAGAUUCGUGAAGAUGUCUGUCGAGUUGGACUAAUGAAGUUUGCGCGAUGGGACUACAAGGGUCGGAUCGGUAACGCGUAUGUGAUCCCAAAACAUAAGGAUCCGAGUCGCUAUCGACCGAUUUGCCCCACAUUCGUUGAACCCAUGGUUCGUACAGGUAAGGUAGUGGCACGUGGUCUUAACUUUAUGCUGAACAGACUGCCGAAGGGUUGUCAUCUCAAUUUGCCGGCGGUUUCUCAGCUGACAGACGCACUUGGAAUGAUUAACGGAAACUCGACACCAUUUCUGCACAUCACAGCAAAAGCGUCCUGGACAUCACAGCAAAAGCGUCCAGAUUCAGGCAUGGAGCACGAGGAGGAGGAGGAGGAGGAGGAGGAGGAGAAAGGAGAGGGAGGAGGAGGAAGAAGAAGAGCAGGAGAAGGAGGAGGAGGAGGAGGAGGAGAGGGAGAUAAAGGAAAAGGAGGAGGAAAAGGACAAGGAGAAAAGGAGAAAGUGGAGGAGGAGGAGGAGGAGGAGGAGGAAGAGGAGAAUAAGAAAGGGGAGGAGGAGGAGGAGGAGGAGAAAGUACAGGAGAAGGCAGAGAAACAGGACGAGGAGGAGGUGGAAGAGGAGGAGGUUGAGGAGGAGGAGGUGGCAUUCACCCGCAGGAUGCCUAGCCCGUAGACAGAGAGAAGACGAGGUGAAGUCGGAGGUGACCCAGGAGAAGCCGACAAAA